UUUGAAAAUGGAAGUCGGUGGAAAUGUUGCUCAAUUUGUUUUUUCGUUUUUCCAACUGUAAAACUGCUUUUUCCGGUCUGAAAAUAGUGCUACAUUGUGUGUGAAAGUGCGAGAAAGUUUAUCAUACAUCACUUCGAAGUUAGUACGUCCGAUUUGCUGUGUAAAAAGUUAAACAAUCGCAUCGAAUUUGGAUUAUUAUAUUUUUUUCGUGUGGAAUGAAAGCUAACAAGGUUGGGUAACAUGUGAGCGUGUGGAGCCUUUUAAAAUUAGGCGAAGUAGGUAUUGAGUGUGCAAAAAAAGUGAGAUUGCAAUCGACGGUUGGUUGCACCGUGCUGGUGAGUUCGGGACCACCUAUUGGAAUGAGGAAAGGUUUGAAAUAUUUUCGCAUGGAAUGCUGUAUGCAUGAUUCAUGGCUUACAUAUGCGUCGCGCUUAAAGAAGAGAUUUACGAAGUGAAACGUCUCCAGUCCACAUUACAUACAUCAUAUACAACAUCAUCAGCGUACAGAUCGUUACCGUCAUCUUGCGAAAGAUUUAUAUCUUAGACGGUUGGAUGUCGAUGCACGAAAUAGGAAAAAAAUCCAGCAAGAAGUAAGAGGUCAGAGUGUUUACGUGAGCAAAAAAUGCAAGAAGAGUUGUCCGCUUAACUAUAGUAGAGUUGUGUGACGACAGGUGAUGUGGUCCGCUAUCGGAUGAAAAAUAGAAGAAAAAUGCCACAGAAAUAAAGCGGUCGAAGAACCUGCUUCAGUGAGUCAAGUGCUACGGUAAACAAGUAAUGGAGUAGGGAGUGUACAAGAAGCGAGCGGGGAAAUUAAUAUGAAAAGGUGAUCAGUAAAGAGCAUAAAAAGUGUUGCAGCUAAAAAUAUACCUUCAACGUCCGCGAGCUUACACACGAGAGUGCAUUUAAAUGUUGUGUUUUUGUUUCACCAAAAGAAUUCCAAUUUUGUGCCCCUUCGCAUUCAUAUGCGGUGCUGUGUAUACCAGGCUGCUGUGUCAUUGAUACACGUUUUUUAACAUACCAAGCGAAAAGCGAGCGUUGUGUAUACAACACCGUUUUGGCCCAGGUAAGCCCAGCUAGGCCAAGUGAUGGUGAUCGAAAAGUGACCGAGCAAGUUGUGCUGCGGUAAGGAAAUAAAACAACACCAUUCAAUGACAGACAAAAGUGAAAUCAAGCUAAAGUUGAAGAUGAAUGAGUCAGGAGCUACUCCUGGUAGCAAUAAUAGUGCUGGCGUGAUAUCUGAAACCGGUAACGAUCUGUCGAAAGUGGGCGUUAAUAGUAACAUGAACGGUGGUGGAAGUGCUAUCACCAGCGGAAAAACUGCAUCGGGUGAUAAUGGUUCCGAUGUGGGACCAGAAAUGAUGAUGAGUCCUUCGGGACUUAUCGUUAACAAUGGUGGUCACCAGCAUCAUCACCACCAUCAUCAUCACAGUCACGUCCACCAGCCGCAGCAACAACAUCAUCAACAGCAGCAGCAGCAUCUUCAUCAACAACAACAGCAGCAGCUGCAACAGCAACAGCAACAACAGUCGACUAUAAUGAGUAAUGGUGCUGGUGGAUUCUUCGACCAGAAAUCGGAUAUUUCCUCAACUGUGCCAACGGAGGAGGAUGACGGUCUUGGACCAUUGCCACCCAAGUGGGAGAAGGCGUACACCGAUAGCGGGGAGGUGUACUUUAUCGACCACAAUUCCGGCACAUCACACUGGCUCGAUCCCCGAUUGUCCAAGUUUCAGAAAAAAUCACUCGAGGACUGCCAAGAUGACGAGCUGCCGUACGGAUGGGAGAAAAUUUGCGAUCCGCAUUACGGUACGUACUACAUCGAUCACGUCAACCGAAAGACGCAGUACGAAAAUCCGGUACUGCAGGCCAAACGGAUGAGUGAACGUGGAAGUGUCGGAUUGCCCAUGGGGGGACCGGGUCCCUCCGGAAUGAACAACUUCGGUGGUCAGAAUGGAAGCAACGGCCACGAUGAGGCGGGAACUGGUGUGGGUCGUCCAAAUCAUUUUACGAAAAAUCCUGGCAAUUUGAGAGGAGAAAGGCUGAUGACGACGCUGGUCAAGUCAACACGAGGACUUGGAUUCACAAUAGUGGGAGGGGACGACAACGUGGAAGAGUUUCUGCAAAUUAAAUCGAUUGUUCCGAACGGGCCAGCCUGGAUAGAUGAUAAGCUGAAGACGGGGGAUGUGUUAGUUUAUGUGAACGAAAUUUGUGUACUGGGAUUUACGCAUCAUGAGAUGGUGAAUAUAUUUCAGUCUAUCUUACCUGGAGAGGAGGUGCAUUUAGAUGUUUGCCGAGGUUACCCGUUGCCAUUUGAUCCGAAUGAUCCAAAUACAGAAGUGGUAACGACCAUUGCCGUGGAUGGAUUGAACAAUGGAGCCAUGUCGGAAUCGGAUCUGAAGUUUUUAGAAACCGGGGGAUUCAUAGAUCCGGGAGAUGUUCAGCACAAAAAUCCUCUUGCGAAAAUACAAUCCGGUGGAGCUACGGCGAAUGGCGGAGAUGUGUAUUUUAGUGAUACGCACCCGUAUCAGCAGCACUAUAAGAGCAAGGAAGGAAAUUUUGAAAUUCCGGAGAUUCUUCAUAUUAACAUAGUGAAAAGUGAUACCGGUUUUGGUUUUACCAUCACGGAUAGUUCGUAUGGGCAGAAAGUGAAGAAAAUUUUGGAUCGUCAGUGUUGCAAGAAUCUACAGGAGGGAGACAUUUUGUUGAGUAUUAAUUCUAUUCCCGUGAAAGAUAUGUCUCACAAUGAGGUAGUGCAAGUUUUGAAGGAUUGUCCCAAAAACAUUGAAACAACACUCAAAGUUCAACGUGGACCUUCGGCCUUGUUAGUGGGCAGCAGUAAAAUGACAAACAAACUUAGGAAAAGUAUAGAAUUAGCUAAAUUCGGCGGUGGGUUGCUCAAAAAGGAAAGUUACGGUAUAGGAGGAAAUAGUUUGUUCAGAAGUAAGACUCCUACAGCGGACUUGUACAGUACACAGGCCAAAGAAAUUCUCCCUACACGGCCGAAGACUCCUUUGGUUGAUACUAGAGCCAGGGCCAAAACACCUUCGCUGCCAUUAUCCGAUUUGAAUACGGAAGAGAUCGAAUUGGAUGUCAAUAAAAACAGUGGAGAUUCUAAAUUAGAUUUAAAUUUGAAUCUUAAAUCUAAUAGCAGUUCGCAUGAUAACGACUCGAUAGCAAACGAUAUUGGCUCAUUUAAUAACGAUGAACAGUAUCGUUCGGGCAAGCAUUCGAAUCUCGCGGAUAGGUUGGGAGAGUUAACGAUUAGUAGUUCAAACAACAGCACCUCUGACAACAUCUACCACAACCAUCAACCUCAGUUCGGUUCUGGUGGGCAUCUUCAGCAUCAAUCAAACUUCAAUCAAAACUACAACCAACUAUAUUCACCUCCCCUCGUUCCACCUCCACCAGUGCCACCCAUCUCAACGAAUCACGUUGGCUAUGGACAGAACCCAAACCUUCUGCAACCAACGUAUCACCACGAGAGUUGUUUUUGCUACGAUUGUCAGGACUAUCAACGCCAACAUCAACAGCUACUCCAACAGCAGCAGCAGAACAUGUAUCAGCAGCAAACGCUCAACCGUUCGUAUGCGAACAACUCCAGCCAUAUGCAGCAACAACUUCCUUAUCAAUUGCCACCCCAGAUGAGUGACAACAUUGGUAAACGACUGAACGAAUAUUUGAUGGAUCGAAAGCGAUCGCUUAAUCAGCCGCCAGCCCAACAUCCACAGUAUGACAAUCUGUACCAUCAUCACAAGGCGCCGGUUCCAUUGCCUCCACAACACCAUCAGCAGCAGCAAGCGCCGGUACCCUUCGAUCAGCAUUUCUAUCCUCCACCAGGCAACAACUGGCGAGGAGUUCCGAGUGGAAACGGUGGACAACAUUCGCCACAGUUGUACGGUGGAGGAGCCAUGUAUCCCGCUCCGGUUCCCAUGGACGAUUACACUUUAACGGAAGUGGUGCUGGAACGGCAGGCUCUUGGCUUCGGAUUUCGAAUUGUUGGCGGAACCGAGGAAGGAUCUCAGGUGACCGUUGGGCACAUUGUACCCGGCGGGGCUGCUGACAAAGACACGAGGGUCGCCUCUGGCGAUGAGAUCCUGAACAUCAACGGAGUGAAUGUGGAAAACGCUUCACACCACCGGGUAGUGCAACUGAUGGGCGAAGCCGGUCUUCGCGGCCAGGUCACAAUGAUCCUGCGGCGACGGAAACUCAACAAACCACCUCCACCGCCACCAAACCCGCGCUAUCCGUACAACGUGCUGGUAGCUCGCAGCGAAAAUGAAGGUUUCGGCUUUGUGAUAAUUUCCUCCUCGGGCCAGUACCACGGUUCGUCGAUCGGUGAUCUCAUUCCUGGCAGCCCGGCCGAACGGUGCGGCGAGCUAAAGAUCGGCGACCGCAUAGUGGCCGUUAACUCGAUCGAUAUAUCCGCUAUGAACCACGGGGAUGUGGUUAAUCUGAUCAAGGAAUCCGGACUGCAGGUACAACUUACGAUCGGUAGUCCCCGACCGGAUGGCAGCGGACCGGCGGCCCUGAUUCAGACGGCUGCCGUGCCAGCAUCAAAUGCGUCCAAUGCCAGUGGAAACGAAAUGUAUGUUAGUAGCAGCAGCGGCAGCAAUGGGCCGCUAAUGAAUCGAUACCCGACAAUUAUGUCCUGAUUGAGAACGAAAGUGCUCCUGCGGCGACAAUCGGUGUCGAUCGAGGAGGUGGAAGAUGAAUGAACGAGCAUGCUUGUUGAUUUAUUUUUUCCGACAGAACCAAAGCAUUUUUUUUAUCUACUAGUAAGUUCACGUAAGUACAUACAACUAUCUAUAUUGCAGGUUAAGGUAGAAGCGGUAAUUAGGACAAGUAAAACUAUAUGGGUCGACGCGUGCGUGAACAGGCAAAUAAGGGGUAUGAAAUCGCGAGGAAGCAGAUGCUCAAUAGUAACGUAAGUGAAUAGGAUUACGUUAGUUGACUGACGACCUCUGAAAGUGCGCAUGUGUUAUUUUUUGAUGCUCUGUUUUUCUUUAAUUUUUACAAAUCGUGACAAAACAAUGCAGCUCAGGUAAAUAAUAAAUGGCAAAGAACAUUAUGGCAUAAAUACUUAUUAGCUUUGCAAAAUUUAGGUUAAAUAUGUCCAGAAAAAAUAAGUUUGAUCUUUAGCUGGGGAUCAGGAUGAAAAUACAACCGAGUUGCAAAAUUAUACGUACUACUGCAAGUAGAUAAAUAGUAUAAAAGCAGAUCAUUUGUUACGAAUGCAGUUAUGUGCAUCGGUUGAAUGUUGCAGGUUAUAAAUUACGUGAACAUUUUUGACUUUCUGAUAAAACACAGGCAUAGAAAACGCUCAAUUUUCAUUCAUUUAUCAUUGGCAUAUUUUUUUGCUGGUGGUAUAUAACCCUUGUGAAUUGGUAGUGGCACAUUAAUUUUAAUUUGAAAAAUAAAUGAUCUUUUAAUUUACUAAAACAUCAGAAAUGAUCGAUGUAAUUCACAAAAAUGUGGCUCGUAAUUUUUAACGAAUUGCGUGAACCGUGAGCAUCCUUAAAUAUAUCAACAUUUUAAAAGCAAUUAAGUAGUGCACAAUCUAUUUUUCAUAGUUUGCGCAAUGCUUAGAAUGUAGCUGUCAUGCAUUCUUCAAUGCAUUAAAACUAGUACUUUUACAAUGACAUAUUUAAUAGUAGUGUAUCCCAACUACGCUGGAUCGUGCAACAUUAAAGUUGGUAGAUUAUGCCUGGUCACGCCACAAACAAGCGGAACGUUUUACACCUGAUUUCAGGUACCCUAAAGAUAUUCGUUAUGCUUCAUACUAGUUUUAUUCAUACAUAGUUACUUGUUGUUGUUUUUUCCGGGUCACACCAAUUCCAAUAAAACGAUACUAAAUUAGACAUCCUCUGGGCAUUGACCCCAUUGACAUCAUCUUCAAGUUCAACGCUAUUUAUCAUUUGUUGUUUCUAUUAACGGGGCUUUUAUUUCAAACAUUUUUUGCCGAUAGAGUUAUAGUUUCCUACCAUGCUCUAUUCAAACUCACACAAUGCCAUUUAGGUAACAAGAACAUAGUGAAACGUUGGGACGAUAGGCAAAUCACAACCUCAUCACACGGUUGAAUGCUUUCCCAAUACAUUUGUUUUUCUACAUAAACGCCGCAGCGGGGGCGUGAGAAAACUGUGCAUAAUCCUGUUAUAAAUAGAAGCACAUAUCACAAUCGCGAAAAAAAAAUAAAACUAACAAUAGUACGUACUGCCACCACUACCAAGCGAACGAGUGGCACCUCCACAUUGUUGGAACGACCGCAAAUUAUAUGCAUCAAUGACGAAGAGAACCCCCCAGUAGUUGAUUGUGGCUUAGAAAGCCGCGUUAUGAAAUGAAACAAACUAAGCAAACAAAACGCAGCAAAUGCGAACAUGCCUUCUAACCACACACUAGGCAUGACUGCUGUAGGGAAAAGCGCCUUAAAUGAAACCACCCGCAACAUGAAAUACAAUCGCUCUCAGAGGUAGUAUUUUUUUUUGCGAAUAUCAUGUAGCAUUUAUCGAAAGGAAGAAAACAUAUUUAUCGGACUGAAGCAAGGCAAUUUCUACCAACAAAACUCAAUUAAAUUUUACAAAUAAUACCACAUAUCAUCCUGUAAAAAAUAACAAAUGACCUGUUUGAUAGAUAGUGAACUGAGCACACCUUUGAUAGAGUCUUCCACCCGGUGAUAAAUAAAUAAUCCUAUCCGUGGUCCGACUGGUGACACAAAACCACAUACAUACGCACGUACAAGUGAUCGAUCACUGUGAAUAAUCUUGCCUUACCUUAUAUUAAAACAUACAAACGAUAGGAAACCAUAUUUGAAGUGAAUGCCUGUUUUUAAUCGUGUGGUUGGAUUGUAACGAAUAGUGAAAAUAUUUAAAGUUUUUUAAAAUCGUUUUCAAAUGUUAGGGAAACUAAAUCUCACCCAUGUAACAAUAAUACCUGUCUGUUCAUAAAACAAUAAGCUCGUUUAGGUUUGCCAGUAAUGUUGAGCUAAUCAAAAUUUGUUAAGCAUAACGAAGUAUUAAUUAGUUGGUAGUAUUUGCUAAAGAAAAUAGGAAAAAAAAGCUCACCCGACAGAAAGAAACGUUUUUCAGUAAGUGCCUCCAGUUAGUUGAUAGAGUGCAGAGCCUUAUAGAACCUCCGUGUGUUGCCCUUUUUUACGGAGAAUGAUGUUGCAAAAGCCCAUGUAUUAGCAGAAUCUAACAUAUAUUGUACUUAACUGAAAUACUUAUACUAUACUUAAAACGUCUAGCUUAAAAAGAUAAGAAAAUUAAAUCUCAAUCUGUUUAAAAAAAAUGGAAAAUGAUCACAAAUUGUAGUGUAAUUAGUAGCCCUGCGUAUAUUCUAGUUAUUUUGUUGAUCUAUAUUACAGUGUAGAGAAUACGCAAAACUCGAACCACAUAUUUAGUAGCUGUACUGUACUCUGUACUAGUGUAGUGUUUAGAAUAAAGUCUGUACACGAAGCAAUACAAUAAAUCAAAACAGAAAAUUAAUC